GUCCUCAGCUGAGCUAACAAGCGUCGAGGGCUGGCCUCAGGCUCUCGCGACUCUUUCAUUUCCUGCCUCUAUGGCUUCGUAGGGCGGGAGCCCAGUUUUCGCGCGAAGAAAGAAGGUCUCGUGAUAUUUGGAAAGCGCGCGGUUUUGGAGCGAGGCUGGAGGAGAGACAAACGCGGUCGUGCAGUGGAAGCCCGCGGCGAAGGCAUGCCGGUCGAAAACAACAGCAGCUGCAGCAGCAGCAGCAGCGACAGUAGCUGCUCCUCCUCAGCCGGGAGCGACGCAGGACUCCUGCCGGCAGGGAUGGGUGGUGAGGAGCCCGGCGCCACCGGUGUGAUCACAGCUGCGAUGCUGCAGGAGGAGGAGCAGCUGGAGGCAGAAGGAAGAGAAGAGGAAAGGCAGAUCAUGGAGAAGGCUCGCAUGUCCUGGGACAGAGAUUCAAGUGAAAUGCGUUACAAGAGGCUUCAACACUUGCUUGAAAAAAGCAAUAUCUACUCAAAAUUCUUGCUGACCAAAAUGGAACAGCAGCAAUUGGAGGAGCAACAAAAGAAAGAAAAACUAGAAAAAAAGAAAGGAACAUCAGAUAUUUCAAAGAAUGAAAAACUGUCUGGAGGCAAGUUGGUUGCGAAAAGAAAGAGGACCAGAGAAGACAGAACAUACAAUAUCUCUGAAGUCAUGUCAAAAGAGGAAAUCUUGUCAGCAGCUAAAAAAACCAAAGUUGAAAAUGAUCAGAUAGAAAGCUCUUCCCUGAAACUCAGUCCAGAAGAACUCCAGAACAAUGAGGAUUCAAACAGCAUUAUUAAGGACAGACUGGCUCAGGCAGUGCGCCACAGCGCUAAGCACUUUGUUGACCCAGUACGAACAUUUAACGGACAGCCCGUACCUUUUCAUCAGCCAAAGCUCUUCACUGGAGGUGUCAUGAGGUGGUACCAAGUUGAAGGCAUGGAAUGGCUCAAGAUGCUCUGGGAGAAUGGCAUUAACGGCAUUUUGGCUGAUGAGAUGGGCUUAGGAAAAACAAUCCAGUGUAUUGCAACGGUAGCUUUGAUGAUAGAGAGAGGGGUUUCUGGGCCGUUCCUGGUUUGUGGGCCUCUGUCUACACUUCCUAACUGGAUGGCAGAAUUCAGAAGGUUCACUCCUGAGAUUCCUAUAAUGCUGUACCAUGGGACCCAGCAAGAACGGCGUACGUUGGUUCAUAAAAUUCGAAGGAAAGAAGGCUCACUGAAUAUUCAGCCGGUCGUCAUCACCUCUUUUGAAAUAGCCAUGAGAGACAGAAAUUCCCUUCAGAACUUCUACUGGAAAUACUUAAUUGUAGAUGAAGGGCACAGGAUUAAAAAUAUGAACUGUCGUCUGAUUCAAGAAUUAAAACGAUUUAGCACCGAUAAUAAACUUCUAUUAACUGGAACUCCCUUGCAAAACAACCUAUCGGAGCUUUGGUCUCUGCUUAAUUUCCUGCUCCCUGAUGUGUUUGAUGACUUAAAAAGCUUUGAAACCUGGUUCGACAUUACCAGUAUUUCCGAAAUUGCCGAAGAUAUUGUUGCUCAGGAAAAAGAACAGAACAUCCUGCACAUGCUGCACCAGAUUUUGACACCUUUCUUACUGAGAAGACUGAAAUCUGAUGUAGCUCUGGAAGUUCCUCCCAAGCGUGAAGUUGUGGUCUAUGCUCCACUUGUAAAGAAACAAGAAAUCUUCUACAGUGCUAUUGUAAAUAAGACAAUUCGGAAGCUACUGGGAAACAACCAGGAAGAAGUUGUCGAGCUGAGUCCUACAGGUCGACCCAAGCGGCGCAGUCGAAAAGUAGUUUGCUACCGUGAACCUGGUGAAGAGGAUUUUCCAGAUAAGCUGGAAGAAUUGAUGAAUAAAAUGCAGGAAGAAGUUGAAAAAGAGAGGCCAGUAGUAGAAAUGAAUAUGCCUUUGGAUUCAGAAGUCAACCUGAAGCUGCAGAACAUUAUGAUGUUACUCAGGAAGUGUUGCAACCAUGCAUAUCUUAUUGAAUAUCCACUGGAUCCUGCAACACAACAGUUUAAGGUUGAUGAGGAUCUGGUGAAAAGUUCCGGCAAAUUUCUACUCUUGGAUCGCAUGCUGCCAGAACUAAAAAAGCGGGGACACAAGGUACUGUUGUUCUCACAGAUGACUCAGAUGUUGGAUAUUUUGAUGGACUACUGCUAUUUGAGGAAUUACCAGUUCAGCCGCCUGGAUGGAAGCAUGUCCUAUGCAGAAAGGGAGGAAAACAUGAAUAACUUUAAUUCAGAUCCAGAAGUUUUUAUCUUUCUCGUGAGCACACGGGCUGGAGGCCUUGGCAUUAAUCUGACUGCAGCAGAUACAGUAAUCAUUUAUGAUAGCGACUGGAAUCCCCAGUCUGAUCUUCAGGCCCAAGACCGAUGCCAUAGAAUUGGUCAGACAAAGCCUGUGGUGGUUUAUCGCUUUGUCACUGCAAAUACCAUUGACCAAAAGAUCGUGGAAAGAGCAGCUGCCAAAAGGAAGCUGGAGAAGCUGAUUAUUCACAAAAAUCAAUUUAAAGGUGGAAAAUUUGGAGUAAACCAGUCAAAGAGUUGCUUGGAUCCCAAGGAGUUACUGGAAUUGCUACAAUCCAGGGACUAUGAUAGAGAGAUUAAGGGAUCAAGAGAAAAAGUAAUAUCUGACAAAGAUUUAGAGUUACUGCUGGACAGAACUGACCUUAUCAAUCAGAUGAAAACCUCUAAAGGACUUAAAGAAAAAGUGGGAUCUUUCAAACUGUUAGAAAACACUAAGGAUGCCAGCCCAGAAAGUGUCUUUUGAAGUAUGGCCAACUUGUGCUUUAUAUGCCCAUAUGCAGACACCCUCAUAGUAGUUAACAUUCUUCAGAUUUUAUUCUUCUCAGGCGACUUGAAAAUACAAUGUCACAAAACUGAAUGAGAGCCUUUGGGGGCCUUUUUUGAUGUCAGAUUUUAGAACGGUUUCCAGGCUUCAAUAGUGUCUCAUUGUCUAAUUUGUACAGUUUUCUUUUCUACAGGAUGUCUCUUUAAAAACAGUGUUUUGACUCUUUACCUUCAUUGUGGGUUUUCUUUAGUCUGUGUUUGUAAGUCUAAAGAGUAUCAGUUCAGAUGCUGAUAAACUUACUAAAUAAAUUGUGUUGUUUUAACA